AUGUUUAAAAAACCACCUUUUGUUAAGGCAAGUUCAAAUAUUAGUUCAAGAGAUAGAAGAAAGCUAAUAAAUCAGAUAUGUGAUACUUACAAAUUACCUAAAUUGUCAAAAGAAGGUCAAGAAAGACUAGUUCCAUCAAUUGUUAAAAAAGCAACUUUUAAAUCAUUUAAUGGAGAUUCAGGUACCGUAUAUUUCAAUGAUCAAGAUAUUCCAAUAUAUUUCCACACUAGAGAUUCAAUUGUAUAUCCUACUAUAUAUACUCUUUGGUCCAAUCAUUAUAUCUUAAAAGUUGUCAAAACUCAUUCUCACGUUAUUGAAAUUUUAGGCAGUGGAGCAAAUUUGAUGCUUCCAGGCACAAUUCCUAAAUUUUUCAAUAUAGGUAAGAAUGAAUUAGUCGGUGUUGUUAGUUCAGAAGAUUCGAAUAGAAUUAUGGCUAUUGGUUUUACAAAAUUAAAUUUACAAGAAUUUGAUAAUGUUUUGGGUAGGUCAGGAACUGCGGUUGAAAUUAUCCAUCAUUAUAAUGAUGAGUUGUUAAAAUUGAAUAAAGAGAUAGAUAUUGAAAUACCAGAGGUGAUAGAUACAAAUAUUUUAAUAGAGGAGGAGAAAGAAGAGGAAAUUAAGCAACCUGAACAAGAAGUCACUGAAUCUGUUACCCAAUUGCAUGUAAUGAAAGAAACUGAAAGUGAGGAACAACCUGACGAGCCUCAAGAAGAGAAUCAUGAAGAGGAAAAUGAGGAAGAGAAGUUAUCAAAGUUAACAGUUGAAGAAAUUGACAAUUUUUUUAUUCGUUCAUUAUAUCAAACUAUAAAAUUAGAUACUGUUGAGUUACCAAUUACUGCAUCUACAUUCAUGUCAUCGUACAUUUAUAAAAAUUUACCAAUUAUGGAUCAUCAAUACACAAACAUAAAGAAAACAUCAUGGAAAAAGACAUCAAAAUUUUUAAAAGCAAUGAAUAAAUUAAAUCAUUUAGAUAUAAAGGGUAAAGAUGAAGAUUUGACAAUUAUUAAACUUAAAAGAUCACCAAUCAUAGAUCAAUUUGUCCCACAUAAAAUAAACAAACCAAAAACAGAAUCAAAGAAGAUCAUAAAUAAGAAUAUAAGAGCCUUGUAUAAACCAACUGCCAAAUCACGUCAUUUUUUUAAUAAAUUGGAUCAAGAAUAUGAUGCAUUGUAUACUUCAGGAGAAUUACGUGCAUUCUUUGAUCUUUAUAUCAAAAAAUCAGAAUUAGCAGUACCUACCAAACCUAAAUUUAUAAAAUUCGAUGAUAAUUUGAAAAAUAUAAUUAAUCCAAAGAAAGAAGAGCUUGCAAGAGAUGAAGCUUUCAAAGGAUUUCUUAAAAAUUUCUCACCAUAUUAUGAAAUUGAUGGACACGUAGGUAAAGGAACCUUACCUAAAAUUCAAAUAAUUACUGAAAUGAAAAUUGGUAGGAAAAUCGUCACUCGUGUUUCUAAUUAUGAGAAAUUUAAUCUUAAACAAGGUGCAUUAGCUGAAGAAAUGAGAUAUAAAUGUCAAGGAUCAACUACUACUACCGAAGAUACAAUUCAAGUUCAAGGACCACAUGGGAAAUUAUUAAUUGAAAUGUUUAAAGAUAAAGGUAUACCUAUUUCAUAUAUUGAAUUUGAAGACAAAGUUAAAAAGAAGAAAAGGAGUUAA